GAUUAGGACCGUUGAGACAGCCGCCGUCCCAGCGCCGUGAGUGCUCGCUGCUUUCCCGUCUUGUCCCUUCUCUCCUUCUCCUCGCUUCAGAAACGCACCAGAGAGCUCUCGGACCGGAUUGAAGUGCGCCGCCCGUGAGCUCUCGGCCGGCGCUGGGAACUUGAGCAGACUGGGCGAGCACCAGGAAAUUUGCGCCGUGGGAGCGGUGGAUGGACCUCUGGGAGGCGGCCGUCUGCCACGCCCACAACGAGCUGCUGGCGCUGAGCUCCGCCGCGGCGGCCGAGGACUUCCUCCGGUGGCAGUUCCCCGAGUCCCCGCGCGGGAAAGGGUGGUGGUCGGCGGCGCGGCAGCUCGUGGAAGACGCCUGGCGCAGCCUCGGCAAGGCCAAGAACGCGGCGAAGCUCAUGGACAACGCCGUGCUUUGCGAGUUCUUCACCACCUGGAUGAUUCUGACGCGCGCUUAACUGAAGGCACAAUGCUGAUGGCGACGCCCCUGCCUCCUUUUGCAACUUGUUAUUGCUCCAGUACUUGUGCUUCAAUUUCAUUCGAUUUCUAUGUGCACAUUUGAAUAAGUGGUUCUUUGCUGGUACAAAUGGAAAUGACCUGAUCCGCCUGUGUCGAUAAGAUUGUAAUAAGUGGUUCUUUGCUCCAAUUUCAUUCUUUGCCGGUUGUUCUUCUUGUCUCCUCGCAAAGGUAAAAGUAACAAGAAAGAGUGCCUGCAAACCUUUCCUCGUA